CGGGCGUCCGUCAGUGCGCGUGUGACAUGGCUGCGAGGCGUUACGGCGACUUAGACGCCCUCCACCUCGCGAUGUGAACACACCCGCGACACUACCCUCGCCUACGUCGAUCUCGCCACGAUCCCCGUACGCGCGCGCGACUCCCCAGACGCAGCGGCUAUCGAUACACCCGGCCCACGGAAAUGAGUCAGGAUUGCCGAGCGCCGCGAAAGAUCGUAGCUCGUGCAAGCUCGUCGACGCGAUCCAUGCAGCUCGUGUGAUCACCGUCUACGUCGGAAUCGGCAAGAAGGAAGGAAUCGCUCGUUACGUCACGACGCUGUCGUCGCCGGAGGUGCAUCCUGGCGCACCCCCUCGCCGGUAGUUCCGCAAGUUCCGAGCCGCCCGCGUUGAAGGGACCGAAGGGGACGGUCGUCCGCGCGAAUCUCGUAAUUCCGGGACCUCGCGACUCGAGCAAUCGUCAUGCCGGCUCUCUGAUCGCCGGACGUCACGGCGAUCGCGCGCCGGGAGAUCGAGACGCGUGGACAGGAACAGCGGGACGAUGUGAAAGAGGAGAGAAAGUGCGAGGUGACCCGAAGCGAGAUGACGAGUCGGAGGGUUGAUCUCUGAAGCUCGUCGCGAGAGCCGCGAGUGCGUGCGUGCCUUAUCUCGCGAAGCGCAACGUAUCAUUCCCAGACAGAGACCGAUAGACAGAUAGACGAAGCUGCAUUCCCUGUAAUCUCCAGACCGCGAAAACUGCGGCCGACUGUUUCCGGAUGAUUGUACAUAUAAAUGUUCGCACGGAGAGAGAGCGCGCGCCAUCGGUGCGCCAUUCCUAAUCGGACGUUGCUCGCUCAAGCUACGCGCGAAGUUUCACAUAUCGCACUCUCUCUCUCUCUCUCUCUCUCUCUCUCGUUUGGUGUCUGAGCGGAGCUGAAAUAAAUUAUUAACAGAGAAAAAGAGAGAGAGAGAGAGAGCCGGACUCGCGCACGACGCGAAUCUAUCCGGAAAUUCGAACGCGCGAAACUAUUCCGUGUUUCUUUCCGAUUCGUAGCUCCACGUUCCUCGGCUGAGAGAGCGCUCGAUGGACGAUGAGGCGAUCUUGAGCGAGAACCCUCGGGAUCCACGGUCCCACACGCUCGAUGAGCCACGCGGACGGUGCGAGUGACAGAGUGGCCGGGGGGCUGGGCGUCGAGACGAUUUCGGGGGUCUGACUAGGGGGUGUAGCACAUUGACACGGCGCGCCGUCGCGGCGCUCGCGAAAAGUGCAGAGAACGAGGGCGGGAGAGGGAGGCAGAGGGGAGUGGGUGCAUGUGAAUGUGCGCACACGUGCGUGUCUCUGUGCGAAGUGCAUAAACCGACGAUGGGAUAUCGGUGAGAUCACGAGGUCACCGCAGAAUGCCUGAGCCGAGGGCAAAGCGCUGUAAACACUGUGACGAGUCUGGCCACAGGUUGGACAGCGGCUCCCCGUUCUGGAGGAUUCAACUCGACCAGGACCUUCUGGACACCAUCAGUGCGAUCUAUCCGGAGUGGUUUAAGGAUUACACCAACAGCCGAGCAUCGACGUCGUCGUCCACCUCCUCCUCCACGUCCUCGAGCACUUCCGGCGCGCAAUCCUGCAACGACAGCGCCGCCGUGGUCGUCGUCAGCAGCGCCGGCGGCGAGCACAAGGUCGCCAAGGGCGAAGUGGCCAAGCCGAAGUCCAAGGCGAAAAAGUCGGACGGCCACAAGGAUAAGGACCGGGACAGGAAGGACUCUAGGCGCGACGCCAAGGACGAGAGGGACGCUGGAAACGGCAAGAAAGGGACGAAGUCGUCGCCGCAGCAGGAUAAGGCAGCGGCGGACACCGCGGGAAGGAAGGCCUCCGGUGUCCCGGGAUCGGGAUCGGAGAUGGCCGAGGGCAAUCAGUCGCCGCCGAAGGCGGAGGUCGACGAUUCACCGCUCCAACACGCCAUGGACCGCAACAAGGAAUCGCUGAAGGUGAAGCUCAUGCUGAGGCGACCCAUCAAUCAGCUGGUUGCGCAAGGCAUCAUGCCACCGCUGAAGACGCCGCCGGCGUUCCACGAGCAACGGAAGCAACUGGAGCGGGCGAAAACGGGCGAUCUGCUGAAAGCGAAGAUCCAGCAACGGCCGGGCAGGGACGAGCUGGUCAGGCAGCACAUCCUCGAGGAUGUGGGCCACGUGGAUCCGAGCCUGGCCGAACGGCAGCGGAUGCUGAAGAAGGCCAGGCUGGCCGAUCAACUCAACGAUCAGCUGAGCCAUCGACCCGGCCCGCUCGAGCUCAUCCAGAAGAACAUCCUUCAUACUGAAGAGCCCAUCGAGAGGGCGGUCAAAGAGGGUCACAUUCCCUUCAAGGCCACCUGCGAGGGACAGGUAACGAAGCCCCAGCACCCGGACCACUACAUCACCUUCGAGGAUGAUUCCCAGAGCUCGGAGGGUGCGCCUUCACCUCAGCUGGAAUCGCGAUCGGACGUUCUCGAAACCGCGGCGGCAUCCGCGGGCAUCGUCACGGUUUCCGUCAGCAUACCGACGACCGGCGGCGCCGUCGUGGUCUCGUCGACGUCUCCGGUCUUCCAGCAGACGUCCACGGAGUCGACGAUACAGACCUUCGCCGAGCUCUGCAAUACGGUUGUGGGCACGCAGCAACAGCAGGGCCAUCAGCAGCAAGCCCAGCAGAACCAGCAACACACGUCUACGCAGGCGAGCCAGACGAAUGGUCCGUCGGCGACCCUCCUGCCAUUGGCGCCGGCGCCGAGUCCGAUGUCUCUCGGCUCGACGACGUCCAGUCUGAGCCCCCUGUCCAACAUUUCGAUAGCUUCGCCCCCGGCGCCGCCGCCGGCGGCGAUCACCCCGCGACCCCAGCCGAGCCCGAUAGCCGCCGCGGCCGCCGCCGCCGCCGCGGCCACCACGUGCCAAAGGAGCGACGCCCCCGGGAAGGACAAGAACCGAAAGAAGUCGAAGACUAAGAGCCAGCCCAAGACCCGCACGAUCAAGUUCCACGAGUACAAAGGGCCGCCGAACGCGCAGAAGACGCCGGUGUCGUCCAGCACUUCCGGCCUCGGCGCCGCGCCGCCCGGCGAGACCAGUUACGAGCUGCUCCUGCAGCAGCAGCAGCUCUUCCUGCAGUGGCAACUCGAAUGGCAGCACAAGUAUCCACAGAUCAUCUUGCCGGCAGCGCAGAAGCCGCUGUCGCUCACAAGCAGCGGCGCGAGCGACGCCGGUAGCGUGAGCGGGAGCAGCGCGAACGCCGCCAGCCCGGCACCCUCGAAUUCCUCGAACAAUCCGUCAGAGCAGCCUCCGUUGAGGCCUCUGGGCAAGCUGGAGGACAUGAAAGUGAGCGACCUCAAGGUGGAGCUGAAGCGACGGAACCUGCCGGUGUCGGGCUCGAAGCCGCAGCUGAUUGAGCGACUGAAGCCCUUCACCGAGUCGUCCAGCGGCAACUCGAUUUCCAACGGGCCGCAUGUCACGCACAUGGGCCACAUCCUGAUGGAUACGCCCGGCCCGGUGACGACGGACGAGUCCAGCUCGCAGGCCAAGAGUCCGAGCUCCACCGUGAAAGACGAGCCGAACAGCCCGCGCACGGCCUCGCCUCACAGCAGCGAGCACGACGACCCGUCGAGUCCACCAGGUGAUGAUAUCAUCAAGGAACAGAGGAAACGGAUAGAGGAGUUGCAGCGCGAACUAUACAAAUCGCAGCAGCAGCUGCAGCAGAUUCGCCAGACCCAGCCGGCCACGGUGCGCGCCGAGAAGCUGGUGCUCCAGCAACACAUACAGAACAAGAUGCAGCAGCAACAGCUGGCUCUGCACUUGCAGCAGCUUCAGCACCUGCAGCAGCAGCAGCAGCAGCAACAGCAGCAGCAACAGCAGCAGCAGCAGAACCAUCAGCAGUCGCAUCAACAGACGCAGCAGCACGCCACGUUUCAGCAACUCAACGCGAAAGCGAGUCUCGCGGCUUUCCUGCAGGCCCAGCCGAACAACACGACCGCCAUUCUCGAUUCCGCGACUCUCACGGCGAUUAACAACAAGAAGAACCAGUCGAAGAACAGCACCACCGUCCAGAUACCCACGGCCAUCGUCUUGAACUUGGCGAAGCCGACCAAGCUGAACGGCUCGUUGCUCGGCGCCCUCAUGGCACAGGCGCAAGCUCAACAGCAACAGCAACAGACGGCCACCACCACCACUGAGGACAGCAAACCGCCGCCGCCGCAGUACGACGAAGCCGCGAAAUUGCUGAAGGUGAAAAUCGAGCCGGUUCAAAAGAGCCACAUAAAAAGCCAAGUGGUCGACGACGUGCUCGAGAUCCUCAUCAAGAACGGCGAGCUGCCGCCGAGCGCCGCGCAGGACCCGGCCACUCCUACGACUCCGAACCGCCAGCUGCAGCAGAACCUGGUGUUCACGGCGCCGGCGGACAGUCCGACACAGUCCCUCGUCUUCACGGCCGCGAGCCCGAUAAGCCCGAUCAGUCCGAUACCGAUGGAAGUGUCUCAGAGCACCUGCCCGAGCCCGUCGACGCCGGCACCGCCGCCGCCGCCACCGCCCUUACCUCUGGCGACGUUCUCCAUUCAGUUACCCACCGCGCUGCAGCCUCUGCAGCAGCAGCAACAGCAGGAGGAGAUCUCGUCCUUCAGCACGGAUCUGUUGACCUCCGAGGCCGAGUUGGACGCCGCCAUGUUGCUCAGUCCGCAGUCGGUUCAGCAAUCGUCUCCGGACCCGCAGCCGCCGCAGGAGGUGACCUCGUCGGACAACGCGAAUUUAGAUCUCAAGGAAUUAGGACUGGACCUGGAGACCUUGGACCCGAUGGACUUCGGCCAGUUGGACUGCGACCUAGGAAUCAAGAUGGAAACCCCUCAGGAACUGAUGGAUAUCGGGGACAUGCCGAUGGACAUGGACGAUCCCGACUGGCUGGACUCCUUGAUGCCGCAAUCGCCGCCCGUCUCCACGGUCUUGUCCAACCAUCAGUCCACCCCGUCGAUCAGUCUCUCGUCCGCCACGGAUAUCUACGAUCCGCUGUUGGGCAGCAGUCAAUACCCCUUUGAUCUCUUCAACAUGGAGGACUCCGACUUCAAGAUGUCGUCGGAUUUACCAAUGACCUGGGACAAGGUGGACUUCGCGACCUAGCCCGAAAUAUUCUCUCGGAAUCCGGCGUUGUGUACUUAAUUCGAGAAGGUAAUCAAACAAGUAUAUUCGCAAGAAAGAGAGAGAUA